CACAGCGGUCAACGCAGGCUGCUACAGAAUAAAAAUGUCUCCUCCAAGGUCCAUAUUGCUGGUGGGAGAAGGAAACUUCUCAUUUUCUGCCUCCGUGAGCCAGUUAUACUCGCAGACAGAGACCCGCAUAACAGCCACCUGUCUGCAGCCUGAGGAGGAGGCACUGCGGCAUGAAGGCGCAGCCGAUAACAUUCAGAUGAUCAGGGACUCAGGUGGGGCGGUGCUGUUCGAGGUGGACUGUAGGAAGCUGGGGGAGUGUGCCUCUCUGCGGGGCCGUGUGUUUGAUCGUGUGGUGUUUAACUUUCCUCACUGCGGGAGAAAGAGCGGGGUUAAAAAGAACAGAGAACUACUCAAAAACUUCUUCCUCAGUUGUAGUCAGGUGUUGUCUGAAGACGGGGAGGUCCACAUUUCCUUGUGCAACGGACAGGGUGGGACACCAGCGGACCAACCGAAGCGAGAGUGGCACAACAGCUGGCAGGUGGCUGCCAUGGCAACAGAGGCCCACCUAAUCCUCAGCGAUGUCCAUCCUUUUGAAAGAGAGAAAUACCAGAGCUACAAGUGCACUGGAUACAGGAGCCAGGAUAAAGGCUUUCAUGUGGAGAAAGGUUUACUCCACGUGUUUACUCGCAGCCUCCCCUACACCCCUGCUCAGAUACUGAAGGUUGAAGAGGCUGUUGAAGGGGAAAAGGUUCUAUACAACAUCCCAGCCGAGCUCAGUGAUUACAUAUUCAGGGGAUUUCUCAGCCCAGGUUCUGUCCACCCUGUCAGGUUGGUGCAAGAUUUUCUUCUCAAAGGCCUGGCGGAGAAGUGGUCUGUCUCCAUGACGACGGAGACCAUUCCCUUCCUCCUCACGGCCCAACAGCUGCAGGCAUGCGGCUGUGACGUUGACAUGACGGACUGCUACAGGAUCCACCUGCUUCAUAAAGAUGUCAGCUCUGACACCAAUACCUCUACAGACAUAGAAAAAGACACGUGUUUGGACGGUCGGGGACAAACAGACACACAGAACACUCUGUCAACCACAUGUCUCACAUCAGCUAAAGUGGACAGUGUGAAGAGUAAAGGAGCUGAAGGCCUCAGGUCUGCGUGCUUACUUGAUAUUGAUCCUGAAGGGGAAAGUGGUCUUUAUGUGCUGCGUCCAUCACUGCUUCCUCAGAUGGAAGAGCUUCUAACUAAAAAAGAAGAGUUGGUUAACAAUGCAGAGAGUCAUGCGGAGGAUGAGGAGAAUAAUAAAAGUGUUGAAGGUGAAGGACAUAAGAAGGAGGGGCCCUGUGGGGGCUGUAAUGGCGUCACCAGCUUGUUCUUUGGCAUCAGUGGCCUGGUGUUCAGGAACCUGCCCGUCAACCUCUGGGCUCUGCCGGCCUUUCAUGAGCUCCUCCUCAGAGGUGUUUUCCCCUCAGAAUGUGAGCCAAUCAAAUUGCUUGGACAAAGACUGGAAACGCUGCUCGCGCCCUAUGGGGUCACCUUAGUCACAGAACAGGGGGGUCUGCGAUUGAUGGCACAGCCAAAGGGUUUGGUUGGCAAGGUGUUCGCAAGCAAUGCAAGUGACAACAUCAGCAAUGUCAGUGUCACCGUGUCCUUCAAUCUGGACCUUCUUUCCGUGCUCCUGUUCUCACUCCCCGACUGGCGGCUGCUGUGGUCACAUGACCCACGCUUUUUACAGCAGUUUGAACUCCGCCCAUCUCCAGGGAAAGCUUUCCAGCCGUUCUCCCUGUUCCCCGAGCAAUUCAGCUUUGACAUUAGCUUCUGGACGGGGCCGACGUGGGAGGAGAGGAAGUUCCACGCUGUGAUCCGAGAGGCCAGUCAUGGGACUGUGGAGCAAGUUAAACUCAUGGACACGUUCUCACACCCUGACCUGAGCCAGACCAGUUACUGCUACAGACUCAUCUACCACUCAAACACACAUGCUCUGUCACACACACAAGCCCUCAAGUUUCAUAAAGACCUAGAAACCUCUCUUACCGCUCGGUUGCAAGUCACCAUCAGGUAGCAACAUGUUGAAUCUUAAGGAAGACCAGGAACUUAACCUCUUUAAGAGACAUUAUCAUUACAUAUCUGUUUUGUACCUUCUAUGCAAAUAAUAAGCAUAGAAACUGCAAAACUGUACAGUGUUUACAGUAGUUGAGGCAUUGCGUGCUAUUGUUUGUAUUUGAAAUGUGUUUUCUGUG